AAACAUGGGGAUGACACUGAAAGGCUUUUCGUUUCUAAAAACGAGUCAAUGUGUCGAUAAAUUAUUCGCGUCUGUUAUGCUAUUGUGUGCCAUUGUUUUAAUGAGGCUGUUUUUAGACGAUGCAGGUUGUGCCCUCAAUUCUUGGGCAGGGACAGGAAGCUUAGAUUUUGGAAUGUUUGCCAUGGUUACUUCUUUAGUUGUUGCCAUGGUGAUGCUUGUGUUCUUUUUAAUUGCAUUGCAUGAGCAAAUCACCAUCAUUAACUGGCCAUUAGUUAUAGGUGUUCAUCAACACGAUGAUAUGGACUGUGAUGUUGCUUAUCGCCGGUUGUCUCAUGUCUAA